AUGACCAUGUCGAACGUCGCGCGAACCUUGGCCGCGUUGAGUCUGGCCAUGAUGGCAUCCGCGCAAAUUAUCGUCAUGCCUACAAAUGCGACUUUACCAAGUGACGAGCAAAGUUCACUCGUUCCCUUGACCUUGCUCGGAGGGCCCUUGUUCCAAAAGCAAUCGCCAUACAACAUUGCGCCCCUCACCGAAGUCGCAGGAAAAGGCAAACCCGUAGAGCAAAUCAAUGCAAUAUAUUACCAGGCAAGAGUCAAGUUGGUUGGACCGUCAAACCUAACUUUGAUGGCCAACGACCUUGCAUUUAUUAGUUGCGACGACCGCGAGGAUUCGAACAUGAGCCCGUCCGACGUGGUAGCAGCAGCGGGAAGACAAACCCCGGCUGGCAUCGUGCUUUACAGUAACUUCUUCAACGAGUGCAACCUGACGGGCACCUCAACCUUCCAAACGAUCUAUACCAUGACCAAGCUCGAGGAUACACAGCAGAUACUGGAUACAAUCGGGGUCUAUCCAGACUCGGCGAACCUUCUGCGGGCACAGGUUGGUAAUUCAAAUUCGACGGCCAAUGGAGGCAGUUCUUCUUCGUCAAACGGUUCAGGCGGAGCGGCGCCGCCGACGACGGCAGUGGCGAUGAGCAUUUUGUACAGUAUCACGGGCAUAAUCACGCUCUUGUUCUUGAUUAUCAUUGCUACGGGUGCCGUGCGUGCUCAUCGUCACCCCGAACGCUACGGUCCACGCAAUGGAUACUCUGGGAGACCGCGUCAAAGUCGAGCAAAAGGUUUGGCGCGAGCCAUGCUCGAGACGCUGCCUAUUGUCAAGUUCGGAGACCCAGAGCCGACGAAACCUGGAAGUAGAGAUGUCGAAUUGGAAAAUGGCAGUGCUUUGUCCACGGCACCAACAAGGACGGAUCCCCAGGAAUCCGGAACCACAACUUCGAAGGAAGCGAAUGCCGUCUCCACGUCUGCAACCGCAGUUGCCGAGGGAGGGGCUGCUAAGGAUGCCCCAUCUGGAGACGCAGCAGCUUCCGCAUCAUCCGUCCAAGAAGGAGACUUAGGUUGCUCCAUUUGCACGGAGGACUUUACUACAGGUGAAGACGUUCGCGUCUUGCCUUGUAAUCACAAGUACCAUCCCGCAUGCAUUGAUCCUUGGCUGCUCAAUGUGUCGGGAACAUGUCCACUAUGUCGUCACGAUUUACGAUCCGAUGCCUCCGCCAAUUCCGAGGGAGCUAGCCCAACCGGCAAUGACGAGCUCGCUCCUCCUCUUAAUGAAGUCGCCGACGGCACUGCUCAGGCUUCGGAAGCGGCCGUGGAUGAUCCAGCAAACACAAGACAUCGUCGUCGAACACGGUUACUAGACCUCACCAGGCUUCGUCAUGCACCACCUGAUGAACGCAUCGCAGCACUUCGGUUGCUGAGAGAACAGUCUAGGGCAGAAGGAGAGCUUACCACUACGGAAGCAAUAGAAGACCCGGAAACACAGCAAACUCGAAGAGCGAGAUUAACUGGCAGACUACGGGAUCGAUUCCGAAUUCGAACAAGGGAGCAAGCCGGCACUUCAACACCUCAGACGCAGUAG